CGUAAAACUUGCCCAAAUAUUUCCUCGUCGUUCAGUCUCAGCCACGCUGCGGGGCUGUGCGCACCAUGCUUUUGGAUGGGGGGCCGUGGGCGUAAAGCUACCCACAACCCACUGUGGUGGUUUCAGUCCCGAGCAUCAUGUCGGGCACUGGAGGACAGAACUCAGACCCAAAACAUCGCUUUCCUGGACGCUCUUCGCAUAUUCUCCUCCUUGGGUCGAUGCUUCUUCUCUAUCUUCCCAACUCCUCAUGCGUUCAAGUUUCUGCAGGAAAAUGCAAAUCAACGACCGUUAUGAACAUUGCAGCCAAAUACCAACACUGUGGGAUUCACCCAGAUGGAGUCCGUAAUCUAGACUGUUUUGGUAAAUACGGACGGACUAGCAAGUGUACGUGGGAACCUGGAAAACACGGGUCAGGGAAGACCUACACCCUCAUCUACCAACAACCAGACAAACCCUACUGUUACGUUUACUACAACCUCACUCAGCUCCAUAGAGAGAUAAAAAUAUUUACUAAUUUCAACUUGACAGUGGAGCUUUAUGAAAACACAGAGACGGCAAAUUGCACAAAAGCAUUUUUUAAAGGAUCACCAAAGAGCCUCACUCGCUGCGAUCCUCCAAGCAAAGUGUUGCUGCAUCGCCCGCCUGGAGGGCUGCAGGUGAACGUGACCUGGCUUCCGGAGGAUAACAAGUACAUCAGCAAGUUCUCCAUGAGAUAUAAAGCACCGGGCAGCCACUCGUGGAACGAGGUGGAAUCUCAGUAUCCAAUUGGAGCUAGACUGGAAAAGCUAAACUCCUCAGUGGCCUACGUGGUUCAGAUCCGAUGUGUGACGAGUACUGAAUGCUCCCAGUGUAUGUGGAGUAAAGACUACAUUGUCCCGUCAGAGCUUAAGACUAAACCCACAGUUAUCAGCGCCAAAUACGUAGAGAUUGCAGAGAAAAGAGGCAGCCGGUUGAUUUCCAUAACCUGGAAGUUUCCUGUCAAGGACGUGCAUGACGGCUACCUGGUGACCGUUCGGAAAGAGUCUGGAGAGCCUCCGACAGAGAACAUGACCACCUCAGAGCCUGAGAUCAAGCUGAUCCUCUCUUACUCAGCUUAUCUGCUCAACAUCAGGGCCUGGAACAACGCAAGCCUCUCCCCAGCUGUGACCCACAUCAUACCACAGCACAAAGGCACCAACAGUUCAGGAGACGGGAGGCUGAAUGUGACGGUCCACAACAGCACAGCGUUUACAAUCUACUGGAGAACGGAUCUGGUCACGAUGUAUGUCUGCUACUCCGUGGAGUGGAUGAAGAAGGGCCGUUCAGCAUGGUACAAACCCUUCUUCGAGGACUCCAACCCCAGCAAGACCUUGUCCUCGUUAUCAGAGCACUUGGAGCCAUACCAGAGGUACAGCGUCACUCUGCAUAUGCGGCCAAACAAGAACACCUGUAACAUGAAGCACAUCAACAACAGCGAGAGCACCUACGGGUCUACAGAAUUUUAUUAUAUUGAAGGAUCUCCUGUCAGCUCUCCCACUAACAUCAGCUUCCACAACGUGACGGUUAAUUCAGUGGUGCUGCAGUGGUCCAGAAUCAGAGAGGAAGACCUGAGAGGGUUCCUGCUGGGUUACGUCGUCUACUACAGGGAGACAAGUACAGAGCACAAUAUAACAGUGGAUCCAGAUUUGACCAGCUUUUACAUGGAGAGCCUCAAAAGUGGAACAGCCUACCAAGUCCAGAUCUCAGCCUUCACAUCAGCAGGAGUAGGAAUCCGAAGCGCUCCAACUGUCUUUAAAACAGAUAAUGUAAAUUUCAGCAUCAGUGGUGCUAUCACAGUCAUCGUGUUUGUGGCCCUUUUGCUGAUGUGUGGGUCUCCAGUGAUAAAAAGGGCAAAAGCCGUUCUGUGGCCGAGCAUCCCCAACCCCGGACACAGCAACGCAGUGCAGAAAAUAGAGAAUCCCGGCCAACUGGAACUCCUUGAGGCAUUAGCAACCCUAAAAGUGGAGGAAUGGGACACAAAGAGUCUUCAGAUACUGGAGAGAGAAGCCGCGGCGCCGCCUCCCACGUUUCCGUCAAUGCUGCCGCUCCUCAGGACCUGCGAGGAUGUGGGAGACUCUCCGGAAGUCCUCUAUCCCUGGAGCGAGAGGGACACGGACAGCGGGACAGAGGACAGCCUACGCGAUGACACAGCAGACACUUUACUGGACACGCAGAGGACACACCUCCAAAGCUCCCCUCUAACCUUCUCAGGUGGUUAUACAACCAUGGCAAUGUUCCAGCAGCUGAUCCCACAGGGAACGGCAGCAGAUACCUCAGACGCUCCAAGACCGGAAAGCCCGCUGGAGGACCUGACUGCGUUAAAGUUGAUGAGACUAGACUACGUGAGACAAUUCAGCACCAGCCCACCGUCGGACAGUGAGCACAUGUCCACUAUUCUAUGACCAAAGUGGGACAAUUGGGAAGGAACAUCGCUACACGAGGGACCCAAGUUUGGAGACUGAAUGGAGCCGGUCGUGUUUUACGGCUUUUUCUUUUUUUUUUUUUACAAAACACCAGCUUUUUUUUAUAAAGCUUUAUUCAGCAGCAGCAGCAACAGCGUGUUUAGCUUGUACUGUAUUUAUGUACAGGACUCCCCUAUAAAAGAUGCUGCGUCUUAUGUGGGAAUUUAUAAUCUUCCCUUAACGCGAUCGGCUGAUAACUAAAUGGGGAUUUCUGGUUUUUGUUCACGUCUAUUAAAAUUUUCUGUGGACCAAACAAAACUUUGUGGAUUUUUUACUAGCUUUGAUGGAGGCUACUUUAUCUGCUACAACAAAUCCAUCACAGCCGACUCUACAGAGUGAAAAGCAAAGUGUUUUUUAUUACAAAAUCAAAAAUUAAAAAGAAAAUUUUAAAUCUAAAGAAAAAUACCCCCCAACUGAAAAUGCUUUAAUUUUAAAAACAAGGAAUUGAAGACUGUAGGUAACAUUUUUUAAGACAAUUUGAGCAAAAUUACUAUUUUUGUUGUUUAGGUAAAGCUUGUAUUUGGCGUAUUUAUUCUAUGUAGAUAAAAAGACCAUUUACAUCUGUGCAACAAGUCAUCAGCUUUGUAAAACUGGUGCUUUUUCGUCAUCACUGCUCGUUACAGCCACAAACAUGACCGUAUUUUAUUUGGGUUUGAGUGUAGCACCAACAUAAAGCGGUGCAUAAUAACAAAGUUGAAAUAAAAAUCUACAAACUGUG